ACACACUCAUAUAUAGUCGUGGGCGCAUGCCUUUGCUCUUUUCCAUCAUUUCACCAUCUUCCAAAACACAGAACUAUGGACAUCCUUUUCUGGCUUUUGAUCUUCACGUGCUUCUCCUUUCUGCUUCUCUUCUUAACACUCUCUUACCAUCUUUUCGCCGGAAAGUGCAUCGGAGACCCAAACUACGCUCCAGUGAAAGGCACGGUGCUGCACCAGCUGUUGUACUUCAACAAGCUCUUCGAUCAGCAGACAGAGAUGGCGAGAACCGUAAGAACCUUCCGGCUUCUGGCUCCGAGGAUGAGCGAGCUGUACACCGCCGAUCCGAGGAACGUGGAGCAUGUUCUCCGGUGGCGGUUCGACAAGUACUCGAAGGGGAAGUAUAAUCAGGAGGUGGUGAGGGAUCUGCUCGGAGAGGGGAUUUUCGCGGUAGACGGCGACAAGUGGAGGAAACAGAGGAAGCUGGCGAGCUUUGAGUUCUCCAAUAGAGUUCUUAGGGAUUUCAGUUGCUCUGCUUUCAGAGCUAAUGCUGCCAAACUGGUUCGACUUGUCUCUGACUUUUCUCACUACGGUAUGGUUUUUGAUAUGCAGGAUAUAUUAAUGAGAUGCACGUUGGAUUCGAUAUUCAAAGUAGGGUUUGGAGUGGAACUGAAUUGCCUAGAAGGAACAAGUCAAGAAGGGAGUGAGUUUAUGAAGGCAUUUGAUGAGUCCAAUGCUUUGGUUUAUUGGCGCUACGUUGACCCUUUGUGGAAGAUUAAGAGAUUUCUCAACAUUGGCUCUGAAGCUGCCCUUAAAAACAAUGUCAAAUUCAUUGAUCAUUUUGUGAAUCGAGUCAUUGACUCCAAGAGACGCAACUUGGCCAUGCACCAACAUCACAAUGACAAAGAGGACAUUCUGUCUAGGUUUGUGAUGGAGAGCAAGAAGGAUCCAGAAACUAUGAAUGAUAAGUAUCUGAGGGACAUAAUUCUGAACUUCAUGAUAGCUGGGAAGGACACAAGUGCCAAUACUCUAUCAUGGUUCUUGUACAUGAUGUGUAAGAACCCUCUUGUUCAAGAGAAGAUUGCUCAAGAAGUGAGACACGUCACUUGUACCCAAGAAACUAAACCUAACAUCGAUGACUUUGUGGCUAACAUAACAGAAGCCACUCUCGAGAAAAUGCAUUAUCUUCAUGCAGCUCUCACAGAAACCCUAAGGCUAUAUCCUGCGGUUCCUGUUGAUGGGAGGACUGCAGAAACAGAUGAUAUCCUCCCUGAUGGCUACAAACUGAAGAAAGGAGAUGGAGUUUACUACAUGGCUUAUGCUAUGGGACGCAUGCCCUACAUUUGGGGUGACGACGCCGGCGAGUUUCGCCCAGAAAGAUGGCUCCAAGAUUCAACCUUUCAACCUCAAUCUCCAUUCAAGUUCAUAGCUUUCCAUGCUGGACCUCGUAUCUGUUUAGGGAAGGACUUUGCUUACAGGCAGAUGAAGAUAGUAGCAAUGGCUCUUCUUCGCUUCUUUAUCUUCAAAUUGGACGUUGAAACUAGGACUGUGACUUACAAGACAAUGUUUACACUUCACAUUGAUAAGGGUCUUCCAAUUCGUGCUAUCCCAAGGCCUUGAAAAAUAUGUAAUGUUGUGAAGCAAACCCAUAUCACGAGCUUGUGUGCUCUAGUAGUGUGUGUUUGUGUGUAGAUAUAUAAAUUAUGAAUUCUAUAGGA